GCAUACAAAUUGCGUCUGGCGCGUAGGAAGCCGUUGGUUUUGGGUGGGCAAAUGUAUGUACUCUCAUGUAGGAGUACGGGGACAGAUGGCCCGACAUGCGUAUGGGGUUAACGAAGGGUUAACACAACACAAAAAACCAAAACCCCAAAAAUGAAAGAAAAUCAAAAAAAAAAAAUAAAAUAAAACAUUGCCAACACAACAGCAGCGGCACCUGACAACUGUCAAAUUUUGUGGGUUACCAUCUACCAUCGAUAAAUAAAAUGGUGGACAAUUUUAUGACAGCGGCAAUGGGAAGUUUCUCUGACAGAUUUCAUAGAGAAUAUUAUUUAAUAGUUUACCAAAAAAAAGGCCUAUUAAAGCAGGCAUAUAGCUAGCGCUUAUAGUUUAGAAAUAUCGAAAUAGGAACACCCUUUGACUUCCAUUCUUACUUCAUUCUGCUAGCUUGACCAAAACGAAUGACACCGCAUUGAAAAAACAUUAAAAGACUUAUCAGAGAUUGAGUUGCUGAACCAAAAGGACCACCAAGGAACUCAGGACAGGCAACCAAAAUGGGCGAUGGACGUACCAUUGAUGACAUCAUCUGGACAAUCAAACACGGUAUAUACGAUGAAGUUAAGCAAGUUUUUAAGACCGGAUCGCAUGAUGUAAAUGAUCAGAUGGGCUUGAGAUUCUCUCUACACUAUGCCGCCGACUUAGGCCAACUGAAGCUGUUGCAGUUCUUUGUCCGUCUUGGAGCAGAGGUGAAUCGCAAGGACAAGUAUGGUAUUACUCCUCUGGCGGCCAUCUGGGAGGGUCACACACGAUGAGUUGAGUUUCUACUCCAAAUGGAUGCCAGUCCCAUGGAACGUUCUCCUGAUGGUCAGAGCUAUGCCGAGGCAGCCGUGCAGGAUGAUAUACGACGUCUGCUGUCGCCGGAUUAGAUUUCUAAUGGAUUUUAUUGGACUCGUAGUCUUCUAGUUUUCAGAGAGGCUUCUUUUACCAGACCUCUUCUAAUUUUUUGUAAAUUUACAGUGCAUUCCAUUCAAAGAUUCAUGCAAUAAACUUAAGCUGGUUGUAAACGAUGCAGCAGCAGCAGCAGCAGCAGCUAUAAAAUAGUUAAUAAGUAUUAAUGUUAAAUUUUAAGAUGCAGCUUUAAGGUUUUAAGUAACUGUAGGAUACAAACUUUUGGUUAUACAACUAGUUCUUAAAUUUAAAAUAAAGCAUUUUUAGAGUCUUAAUGGUUAGUUCCAACUUUGUAGCUUUUAUAGUUCUUAAAAUCUUUGCGAUUAUAAGGAUAUACGGACGGACAUACGAUCGGGCAUACAUACAGAUAUGUGAACGGACAUAUGGACGGGUAUACGUAUGGACAUAUGGACGGACAUACAUGCGGACAUAUGGAAGGAACAUACGUACGGAUAUAUGGAUGAGUAUACGUACAGACAUAUGGACGGACAUACAUACGGACAUAUGAACAGGCAUACGUACGGACAUACAUACGGACAUAUGGACAGAAAUAUGGACGGGUAUAAGUACGAACAUUCGUACAGACAUACAUACGGAUACAUCGACUUGCUUAUUGAUCUUAUUCAAGAUUACAUUGUUAUAGGUUUCUGUUACAUAUUUCUUAACAAAAACAUUAUAAAAUUUUACUCUUAAAUAUCUAUUUCUUGAUUUUCAUGAUGACUUUUUGCAAACUUUCACACUAAAAAUACUAAAAAUCAAAGAAAAAGUUACGUUCGUUUAAGUUUUUAAUAUUGGAAUGGCUCGACUACAUCGCUCUGUUUUUUAUUCAUUAAUGCUGGGAAGUAUUUACAGUUGGGGUCAGUAACAAACAGUAACAAAAUAGCAUCUGUUGGCCAGCA